AUGGAGAAGCCGCGGCGGGCGGUGGUGGUGACUGGGUUUGGUCCAUUUGGAGAGCACGCUGUUAAUGCCAGUUGGAUUGCAGUUCAGGAGUUGGAGAAGCUAGGACUGCGAGAUGAUGUGGAUCUGCACGUCUAUGAAGUCCCAGUUGAAUACCAGACAGUGCAAAGACUCAUUCCUGCAUUGUGGAAAAAGCACAGUCCACAAUUGGUGGUUCAUGUAGGUGUUUCGGGUAUGGCUACGACUGUAACUCUGGAGAAGUGUGGCCAUAAUGUAGGUUAUAAAGGCUUAGACAACUGCCGUUUCUGCCCAGGCUCUCAGUGUUGCGUAGAAGGUGGCCCAGAAUGCAUCGAUUCCAUUAUUGACAUGGACACGGUUUGCAAGAGAGUCUCAGCGCUGGGGCUGGAUGUCACGGUCACUAUAUCUAAGGAUGCCGGCAGAUACCUCUGUGACUUCACUUACUACACUUCCUUAUACCAGAGCCGUGGGAGGUCAGCUUUUGUUCAUGUGCCUCCGCUGGGAAAACCAUAUACCGCAGAACAGCUGGGUCGGGCACUACAGGCUAUAAUAGAAGAAAUGCUGGAUGUUUUGGAGCAUUCUGAAGACAAAAUCAAUUGUCAGCAUGAACACUGAAAGUGGGCAGAAGCUAUCCUAGUAUUGCACUUCCAAAAUUUUCCCUGCUACCGAAGUACUGGGGAAAACGGUCUGAAACGUACAGAGCCAGAAUUGGAGACUUCAAAAAGGAAAAUUCCACUUCUAGAAAUUGACGGUUUUUGUCAAAUGUGUGCAUUUCAGCCUAGGCAACAAAGGAUUCAAAAUCUCUUCUUUAAAACACCUGCAACUACUCAUUUCUGAAGUGACUGAAGUGUGUGUGCUGUGCUUUAUCCAGAGCUUAUCUGUCAGCCAAGUGACAGCUACUGACCAGUCUAAUACAGCGCAGAUGGAAAGUUUCUCACCUGGACUUGGCGUUCAGGUGCAGGGAAUUGAUAACCCAGUCUUCUAAUGACUAGUUCUUAAGUUGAAAGGUUUGCUUUCGUUUUGUUUUGGUUUUUUCCCUCUUUGGCCUGAAUUAUAGGUUGUAAUGUAAAAGUACAACUGAAAAGAGUUGGAAUGGUGUGGGUUUGUCUGUUGUAAAACAGCGCUUGGUGGAGACGAGGAGUCUUCGAAAUUGCUUUGCUGAAAUGGAGAAAUAUUUUACGCACUGAUUUCUCACCCCACAUUGUCCAAAUAUUCGUAGGGCCCUCUGUAACGUACUGGUUAACUGGUAGCUGCAGAUAGAAGGGAUGUGGUUUGGGUUCCUUUUCUUGUGGAGCAGCAGGUAGCUUUUUUUUUUUUUUUUGUACACAGUAUAAGCCUAACUUGCGCCAAAUAUUUCCAAAUGUCUUUUUUAUUACGCCCUCGAUGCCACCUUCCUCACUCAAGUCAACCAUAUACCUCCUGUACAAAACACAUUGUUUCAUACGUGUAUAAAACAAAUCAUUAGCGGUUAAAUAGCUUUGCUAAAGGCCACUUUCUCCGCAGGAGAUCUUUAUCCUAGACUCUUGGUGCUAGCUGUUAUUUUUAAGGUGAAGGUUGAGUAAUUUAUAACUUCCUUAGUUAUAAAUUUUCAUUCUUGUUAAAGGUUAGAAGAGUAAUGUUUAACUUAAAUUCUAAGUUGCCACCUUGAUUUAUUAGAGGCAUAAAUAUGCAAACGUGUGAAUUCGAAGACAUUCUGCCAAAUCAAAUCUAAAAUCUUAAACCUAUUCCCGCUGUCUGUAAACCAGAGGCAAUUAUUUGAAAACUAGGAAUUUUGCUUAGAAUGAGUAUUCCGGGCUGUUUAUGAGUGUCCCCCUCCCAAUGGGAGGUUACGAAGUGCUGCUUCUUGUGUGAACUUUCCCAGUAGUUAAUUUGGGGAAGCGUACAUGCAGGUUCUAAGCAGGACUUUAGACUUGGUUGACGCUAGUUGUGCGUGUAGGUUUGCUGCCAAAUUAGAAGACUCCAGCGAAAGACAGAUGAUGUUACAGUGGGAACAGACACAAAAUUGGUAAUCGAUGACCGGUAGGUCUCGUUGAGGGGCCAUUUAAAUGAAGAGGUCUGUGAUUUGAUUCUAAUACUUUUGCAAAUAUAUAUAUAUAAAUAUAUAUAUAUAAAACCCAACAUUUUGAACCAUUUUAAAAUACCAUAAUUUUAAUUUUUCUAAUUAUGAAUGAUUCUGCUAUAGUAUCUCUCAGUGAGAGCUGCCAUUAACUUGCUGUUUUCCAGUAGAAGUCUAGUGACAAAGGAAAUACCACUUCUCCUUGUAACCCUCGAGAGAGGACGAAGACUUCUGCGGUCGUAAUAACUUUGCUAAGGGGACCUGUGUCUGAAGAUGUUUGGAUAGACUUCUGGUUUACCGAGGAAAUUACCGCUGUAUUUACUAUACAGGCUUUCCUGAUCAAAAGAGUUUGCCUUCAAAGUAAAUAUUCUCUUUUGCAUUCAAAUACGGAGUAGCACUUGUCAGAUUGUCAGCAGGCAGGCAGACUUUCUGAUUAGUAAUUUAUUAUAUUUAAUAUUUUGUUUAAAUAUUCAUGAUUUGACACAUUUUUGCAAAUAGUUGAGCUACUUGUCUUGUAGGUUUAUUCCUUUAUCUGGUAAGAAGUUUUUGUCAUCAGUGUAUCUUAGCUGCUAAACUUUUAAAAGAGGAGUAAUUCACGUAUCCUGCUAAGUUCAGCGAUUGAUUUAAGUAAUUUUCAGUAAUGCUAUUUAAUUUACGUGUAAUGUAGUUGUGAAUAAAACGGGAGUGGAAGAUCAACAGUUUAGUGAGGCGAUGACAGAAAAAAUGA